AGCGGGGGCGUGGUCAAGCGCCCGUCCGGGAGAGAGAAGCGGUAAGGGCGCUCACACCUGGGCCAAAUUAUGUCUAACACCUGUCUCUAAUUGCAGUAGAGUGAGGAGAGCGGUUAAAAAUGCCAGCAGCCACAGAGGAGGGGAGAGAAACUGACAACGAACUCAGCGUUCGACUAGAUGGAAAUUGUGGAUACCAAAAAGAUUGUGUGAAUAUUGUGGGCACUAAAAAAAAGGGGAAUUAAAAGACGCACCUUGCCUUGAAGUCUUGCUUCCUGUCGUCUUUGUUCUAUCAGCGUUACACUGGUGCCGAAACCCGGGAUAUUAUUUGGAACACCUGCCUUCCAAAGGAUGGAACAGAAUCGCCCCGUAGAGUCCUCCCAGCUGGCGGAAGUCCUCCAGUCCCUCGCGACACUCCAUCAAAGCCACCAACAAUCCCUGCUUGAGCUCCGGCAAGACCAGGAUCGGCGCUUCUUCGAGAUCAUGCGGGCUCAAGCAGAGGACCGGCACGCCAUCCGGAGCCUCCUCAGCCAGGAGGCCGCUCCAGCCGCAGCCGCGACCCCGGACACCCGCGCCACCUUGCCCCCACCCGCGUUACAGAAGAUGGGGCCGGCAGAUGAUACAGAGGCGUUUAUCGACCUGUUUGAAAGAACGGCGGAGAUUUGGGGGUGGCCCCAAGACCAGUGGGCAGCCCGCCUAGUCCCUCUCCUGUCCGGGGAAGCGCAACUCGCGGCACAACAACUGCCGGCAUCAAGCCUCCUGGCUUACCCCGACCUGAAGAAAGCCAUCCUGCAACGGGUUGGUCGGAGCCCGGAAGAAAGUCGCCAGCUCUUCCGGGCCUUGAAGCUUGAUAAGUCCGACCGCCCGUUUGCAUUCGCCCAGCGGCUCCGUGAUGCUUGUCGGAGGUGGCUGCUCUCGAGGGACCGCGGCGUCGAGGAACUAAUCGACCAGGUGGUACUGGAGCAGUUUGUUCAGCGUUUGCCCCGGAAGACGGCCGAGUGGGUCCAGUGCCACCGCCCGGCGUCGCUGGAGGAAGCCGUCCGACUCGCGGAGGACCACAUGGCGGCGAUCCCUAGGGCGGAUGAGCCCUCUCUGUCUGUCUCCCCUUCCCCUGUGUCUUCCCCUGUUUUUUUCCCUCCCCUCUUCCCUCUCGCUCUGCUCUCUCCCCAGGGUCCGUUCCUGCCCCCCGCAGGCGCGGAGCGUUUGCGCGCCCAGCUCCCCGGCCUUGGGAACACCCGCCAAGCCCUUCCCCAUCCUUCAGCCGCUCUCCUCCUCAGGUGGGGGCACCCGCCAGCACGGGUGCGGCCGCAGCGCCUGGGCCGGUCUGCUGGAGGUGCGGAGACCCGGACCACUUCCGGGAUCAGUGCCCGCUGAUGGAAAUAGGGGCGGUGGUACGGGUCUCCGAUGUUCCACAGGCUGCCCCCGAUCGGGCUGGAGCGUACCGGAUUCCGUAGAGUGAGGAGAGCGGUUAAAAAUGCCAGCAGCCACAGAGGAGGGGAGAGAAACUGACAACGAACUCAGCGUUCGACUAGAU